AUGUCUGCAGCUCUCCUCUCACCCAUUGUCAACUAUUAUAACAACAAGGAGGAGCUAUACAGUGUCAAUGAUGAGGAUGAACGUGGUAUCUGUGGCCGCGACUCGUAUGAAGAUACAGAGGAUGCAAGGGAGACAGAUAUUGCCAAUAAGCAGGAUGAUGAAGACUACCUGGAAGUAAAAGAGCAGAUGUACCAGGAGAAAUUGACAUCUCUGAAAAGACAGCGACAGCAGUUACAGGAAGGCACUUUGCAGGAGUAUCAGAAAAGGAUGAAGAAACUAGAUCAACAAUACAAGGAAAGAAUGCAAAAUGCAGAGCUUUUUCUGCAACUGGAGACAGAACAAGUGGAAAGAAAUUACAUUAAAGAUAAAAAGCAGCUGUGAAGGAAUUUGAAGAUAAGAAAAUUGAGUUAGAAGAAAAAGAUGAUUGAGAAUGAGAUGCUAAUGAUGGAAC